AUGCCCUCCGUGCUGCUGGAGAGCUACACUGGUUCUAAUCAUUCUCAAGGCAUCGCGGUGGGCCGUCUCUAUCGGGACAUUGUUGGCCUGAGUAAGCGCACCAAGGCAAAGUACAGUCUGCUUAAACAGCGACUAGAGGGCCUGAUAUCGGACCUUGAACAGUGGCAUUCAAUAUUCGAUCCAUCCGGGUACCUCCUAACACGGCUUGUUAGCGGCAAAGUCGAUGAUUGUACUCAAGCAGACGAUUACCUAUCAAAUUACCGUGAACUGGCAGGUGGCUCCUCCCUGUGCCUCGCAACCGCUGCACAAACUGCGCAAACAGUACUACUGGACCACACAGCAUAUCAGGAUGCUGUAGAUCCAAAUAUCGUUCUCAGCCAAGUCAAAGAGAUUUCACAGCUUUUAUCCAUUUCGGACCCGUUUUCCCUCGGCUUCUUGAAAUGUCUGGGCGUAUUGCGGUCCAAUAAUAGGCAAUUCCAAUGCAAAAUUGCGAAUCAGCAAAUCACUCUCUCGAGCAAUCCUAUCGCUCCACACCGCCAACUGCGUGCACAAGAACAUCCGGCCCGAAACCAUAAUCCUGCUGCCAGAAAAUAUAGGAGAAAUGAGCCAACCCACCUGAUCGGUUUUGAGCAAUUACAGCCCUCAUCGGGCCACUCAGCCCGAUUCGCGGACGUGGUCUGGCAUUGA